AAAGAUGGUGGGAAUAUUUUAAGACCAAGUCAUGCUGGACAGUUUAUGCAAUUUCUUGAUUGGAUCACAAAUGAAACCUUUACUACGAGUAAUGGACUGAAGUACACGUAUCGUAAUAUAUGUUUACAAUAUAAUCAUGAAUGCUUUCAGAAUAAACAUGCACGUUUGGUUGCGGAAAUAUUUUACCAUAAUCACACGGCCUAUUUCAACGUAACCUAUCCAUUAUUCAAGUCUCAGUUGUUAGUAGAACCAAUUGACCUUUCGCAAGUACUUGGAGGUAUUCAGGUUGAUUCCAGUAGACGAAUUAAAAAAGCAAAAGCUUGGAUGAUACUUUAUCAACUUCAAGAAAACACUGAGCUCAGUCGAAAGUUGAGUUUAGAUUUUGAAAGUUCACUAAGCAAUCGUGUUGAAGAACAAUCUGUGCCAGCAGAUUUAUUCAAUUUGUAUUAUUUCCACUCGGAUGUUUUCGAAAUGGAACUGUCUAAAAGCAGUCGCUCAAUUAUACCAAAAUUUGCAUAUACAAUAUUUUUGCUAAUUGCAUUCUCGAUAUUUUGCACCUUAAGUACCAUUACUGAUCAUCAUCUACCUGACAAUUUAAAUUCAUUUUUACUUAUCAAUUGGCUCACAUCAAAACCAUUGAUGGGUUUGAUUGGUGUAAUCAGUACAUUUUUCGCGAUUAUAUCGACAAUUGGCUUGUUACAACUUUUCCACGUUCCAUUUGUUGACAUUAUAAUACUGAUGCCAUUUUUGAGUCUUAGUUACUUUUUGCGAUAA